AUGUCGAGUCUACAGAUACCAUCCGUUACAAUAGAAGAUUUGCAGGCCUUUCAAGCGAAGCAUUUUCCCAGCAGUCAACAAGUCACGUCGCUCGACUACACCUAUAGCGAGACUGUAGAUAACGAUGUUGAUGAUGAUGAUGGCCUUGGCUACUACCCAGAUGGCGUGAAGCGUACUCUCACGGACGAGCAGAUCCGCAUUUUCAGACAUAGUGAAAUCCACUCAUUACUUCGCCAGAAGCAACUACGAGAAGAGGAGCUGGCUGAGGAGGCCAGUGAAUUAACACCUGUGAGGCAAGUCGCUGGGGAUGUUGCUGAAGGGCAAGAAGACACGCCCUCUGGUAUUCCAAAUGGUCAACAGGAGAGGAUACCUGAGGCGAAAGAGUGCACUGGCUUGGAGCCAAAUGAGGCACAGGAUUCGUCGAUAAUGAAGCGGUCGAAUGAGGCAGGCUCACGAGAAAGACUUGAUUAUGAUGAUAAUGCUACAGUGCAGCGGGAAGCACAUGGGCGUGGUUCGAACUUUGCUGGACGCAGAAUCAUAUCCUACGAUGAUUGA